UAAAGUUCCCCUCGCGUAUUCCCGUCAUUUGUUUCAAAAAAAAAAAAAAAAGCGUAUUCCCUUCACUCCCUCCUAAAAAAAUAAAAAAAAAUCUCUCCGACUCCUUUCCCUGAUGACAACCGCCGCCACUACCGUCGCCGCCGUUCCCUAACCCUAAUUCACCACCACUCGGCCAAUUUUUCAUGGCCAGCCCUUCCCCUAUCACCUUCUCCGCCUGCUCCUCCGCUUCCUCCUCCUCAGCCAGCCUCUACUCCAUCCCGCCCGACUCCGAUUCCGUCUCCGACGAUUCUUUCUCCUCCGCCGCUGCUGGUUUCUUCACACCCCUCGAAGACCCCGCCCCCGUCGCCGAGGUCCCUUCCGUCUACCACCUCUCCUUCAACCAGGACUACGGAUGCUUCGUCGCGGGCCUCGACAACGGGUUCCGGAUCUACAACGCCGACCCGUUCAAGGCCCUGUUCCGCCGCGACAUGGAUUCUAGUUCUUCCCCCUCUUCCUCCUCCUCGCGCGGCGGAAUCGGGCUCGUAGCCAUGCUCUUCCGAUGCAACGUGCUCUGCUUCGUCGGCGGCGGGACCGAGCCGCUCUACCCGGCGAACAAGGUCAUGAUCUGGGACGACCACCUAUCGCGGUGCUUCGGCGAGCUCUCCUUCCGCUCCGAAGUGAGGAACGUGAGAAUUCGGCGCGACAAGAUCAUUGUCGUGCUGGCUCAGAAGAUUUUCGUCUACAAUUUCGUGGAUUUGAGGCUCGUGCAUCAGAUUGAGACGGCUUUGAACAGUAAGGGGAUUUGUGAGGUUUCGCAUACUUCGUCGCCGAUGGUCCUGGCGUGCCCUGGCUUGCAGAAGGGGCAAAUUAGGAUAGAGAAUUAUGGUUCGAAGAGGACCAAAUUCGUGAUGGCACAUGAUUCCAGGCUAGCUUGUAUGAGUAUGACCCAAGAUGGGAGGUUGCUAGCCACUGCGAGCACUAAAGGCACUUUGGUUCGAGUUUUCAAUGCCUUGGAUGGUUCCUUGCUUCAGGAGGAACAUAAUAAUGGACCAACGUGUGCUUAUGUUGCUGGAUCUCAGGUUAGGCGAGGCGCAGACAGAGCAGAAAUCUACAGCCUUGCAUUCUCCUCGGAUGCUCAUUGGCUAGCGGUCUCUAGUGACAAGGGAACCAUCCAUGUCUUCAGCCUCAAGGUCGAUUCAGGGUCAUUGGCAACACUGACAAAUGAUCGAUCACAAGUGGUGGCUGCUCAGAAUCCUUCCAAUGGUUUGGGCAUUUCAUCUCUUUCCAUCUUGAAAGGUGUGUUGCCAAAGUAUUUCAGCUCAGAGUGGUCUGUGGCUCAGUUCCGAUUGCCAGAAGGCUCGCAGUACCUUGUUGGAUUUGGCCAGCAAAAGAACACGGUUAUCAUCAUCGGACUGAAUGGAAGCUUUUACAAGUGCGAGUUUGAUCCUGCCAAAGGGGGGGAGAUGACGCAGUUGGAACACCAUAAUUAUCUUAGUGCCGACAAUUUCUUGAAGCCAGGAGAAACUUUCACCAAGACAAUGUAGUUAUGAAGGGAAAAGUAAACUGUGCUAAAAAUUUUGCCCCUCUUUGCUGUUAGUAUAAAAUUCUUAUUUAUGCCUGUGAUUCUGUUUCUCUCCAGUUAAAAGGAGUAAUAAUUCGUCACUUGUAAAUAGUUGAAGUUAAUUGAUGAGUGGAAUCACCAGUCGGGUAAAUUUGUGACCAUUGUGCUAUCUGCUUAGAUUUUGACAGCUCUACACCCGUUUUAGGUAGGCAGUAUUCGAUACUUUCAUAGAAGGC